CGCCAACGGGCCAACCCCAUCCACUGGGGCGGCAUUCCGCAUACGUUGUCCGCGGUUCUGGAACAGGGACAGACAGCCCCAGGAAGAACUAGAAGCACCAAAACUCCAAAAGAAAUGGCCACGCUGUCGCUGGUUUUCACUUCCAGAACCCUCCCAACCUCCUCCCCAUCUCAUCUCCUCCGCCGCCUCCAAACCCUAACCCGCGCUAUCGCAUCCUCCUCGCCGCAGGCCAUGGCUUCGUCUCCCACCCCCAAGAAGGUGCUGGUGCCCAUCGCCAACGGGACAGAGCCGAUGGAGGCCGUCAUCACCAUCGACGUUCUCCGCCGCGCAGGGGUCGACGUUGCAGUCGCCUCCGUCGAGCCCGGGGCCGCGCAGGUCGCUGCGUCCUGGGGCGUCAAGCUCGCUGCGGACGCCCUCCUUGCCGACCUUGCUGAUGCCGAUUUCGACCUCAUAUCGCUCCCCGGAGGGAUGCCCGGGGCUUCCAGCUUUAGGGACUGCAAAAUUUUGGAGAACAUGGUUAAAAAACAUGCAGAGAAGGGCAAGCUUUAUGCUGCAAUAUGUGCUGCACCAGCUGUGGCACUGGGAUCUUGGGGUUUGCUUGAUGGAUUAAAGGCAACUUGUUAUCCAUCAUUCAUGGACAAACUUCCUUCGGAGGUGAAAGCUGUAGAAUCAAGGGUGCAGAUUGAUGGGAAGUGUGUGACCAGCCGUGGGCCAGGAACAGCUAUGGAAUAUUCUGUUAUUUUGGUUGAACAACUAUAUGGCAAAGAAAAGGCUGAUGAAGUUGCUGGGCCAAUGGUUAUGCGUCCCCAACAUGGUGUGGAGUUUUCAAUGAAGGAACUGAAUUCAACUAGUUGGAAUGUUGGUGAAUCACCUCAGAUUCUUGUUCCAAUUGCUAAUGGCACAGAAGAGAUGGAAGCAAUUAUGGUUAUCGACAUUCUUCGAAGGGCGAAAGCAAAUGUUGUUGUUGCAUCCUUGGAAGACAAUUUGGAGAUUGUUGCAUCCAGGAACGUGAAGAUGGUUGCUGAUGUGCUGUUGGAUGAAGCCAUUAAGCAGCAAUAUGAUCUUAUUUUGUUACCUGGUGGUCUUGGUGGUGCCCAAGCAUAUGCCAAUUCAGAUAAACUGAUUGGUUUAAUCAAGAAGCAAGCCGAGACAAACAAACUGUACGGAGCUAUAUGUGCCUCCCCGGCAAUUGCCCUUGAACCACAUGGCCUGCUGAAGGGAAAGAAGGCUACGUCCUAUCCUGCUAUGUGGAACAAACUUGCGGACCAAAGCGAAUGCAAAAACAGAGUUCUUGUUGAUGGCAACCUGAUCACUAGCCAAGGUCCAGGCACUUCCAUGGAAUUCUCGCUUGCCAUCGUGGAGAAGCUCUUUGGAAGGGAAAGGGCCCUUGAGCUGGCCAAAACGAUGGUCUUCGUAUGAGUCAUGUUGCUACAAGAAAGUUCCCGGUCAGACCAGAGUAUGCUACUGUCUGUGAAUAUACGAGGCAUGCUUUGUUAGCUGAGGGUUCGUUUUUUUACAGCAAGAACGCAACUUGCAGGAUGGAAAUGCAAUAAAAAGUUCUACAGUACAUGAGUAUGAUGCAGUCCGGUGAAUUUGAAAACGAUCGUAAUAUAAUCUGUUAUGGUUCC